GGUUGGCAGCCCCGUUCACAGCAACCCUGGCUCGUUUAGACGUCGCGUCGCUUCGUGUCAGAUGGAAAAUUCUAGAGAAUUCGAGAGUGUUCGGAAAUCUGAAAUAGACUUAACUCAAGUAAAAGCCGCAAGAAAGUCGUUUGAAAAUGUCAAUGGAAACCAAUGGAAAUGUGGGCAGUGACGGCAUCACGGGCUUGACGCCGCCACAGCUUUCGGAAAUCGGCUUGGGCACGGCCACAAGAAUUUCAAAGAUGGAGGUGGAAAAGGAAAAGGCAACGGCCAGCGGCCAGCCCGAUGGCGAUGGCGAUGGCGAUGACGAUGGCGAUGACGAGCUCUUUGUGAAACGGCCCGCUUUCUAUGGGCUCAGUCCAACGAAGUUCCUCUCGCUGCCCGGGCAAGCUCUGACAGUGGUCAACGCGGCGAAGGAGGGGAACGUCCUGGCCUCUUUCGUCCACUUAAUGAGUUGCUUGCCAGCGCAGCGCUGGAUGUGGUGCGAGUUCGCAUACUCGUUUAUCGACGAGCCCAUAGCGGGCAGCGCCUUCUACGAUCUGGACAAGCUCAUGAAGGAAAUGGGCUGCCGGAUCGCCACGCGCACCAUGCCGCGCCGCUGCUGGCAGCUGGUGCGUCAGCCGAUCGGCAGGCCGCGACGCUUCUCAAAGGCCUUCAUAGCCUCAGACCUGGAGGAGUGGGAUCACGUGCGCGACCUUGUGCGCCAGAUGCAGAAGGGCAUCUUCGAUGUGAAGAAGCACGAGAACGACUUGCCGCUGCUGCCCAGUCGUGUCCCGAUGGCGCUGGCGAUGGACACCAAGGUAACGACCUACCUGCCGACCGGAUUCGCCCAUGGGCUGGUCGUCAGCCACGAGCCCAAGACCAACACUUACCUCGUGAAGCUGACUAGUGGGGGAGCCGCCAAGGAGAAGGACAAGCAGAAGGACAAGCAGAAGGACAAGCAGAAGCAGAAGGGGAAGGAGAAGGGGAAGGAGCAGGAGAAGCAGUGGCUGCGUCUGCUCGACAAGAAGCUGCAGGGGGACAUGGUCUGCGAGAGUCUGCCACUGCCCAUAAUGAUGGUCACGACCAUUGAACCCGUUCGUCAGAAGGGUGCCUCCAAGAAGGACGAAAAGUCGGCCACGUUCUCGAGUGCCGGCUUCAGCAAGACCCUGCUGGAGUCCGUGGUGGCGAUUAAGAACCUCAUGGUCAUCAAGCAGAAGACCGUCGACGAUUUUAUCCAGCUGAACAAGGAGUUCGAGACGCUCAGGGCUCAGCCCACGGUUCGUCGUGACCCGAAGUCGAGCGCCGAGCGCGACGAGCAGCAGCGCUGCUUUGCGGCCCACAUGAUCGCACUGCAUCGCGUCAACGGGGACAUCCUGAAGCCCCUGCGCAUCCUCCAUCAGUUUCUGGACGAGUACAAGGAGAUGGAGGAUCUGAAGGCCAAGACCAUGACGGCCCGCGAGCGCUUUCAGCAGUGCCGGCUGCAGUCCGACCUCGAUCUGAAGUCGGCCGAGGCUAAGCUCGGCCUCGUGGUCAAAUCGGAUGCCACACGCGACCUGAUUCGCACUCUCCACACGAUCCUGUAUUUGUGCGGGGCAUUGAGCAGCGAAAAGAGCGCCGACAUUCGCACCAUUAUCGAUGAUAUUAUGGCCAGCACAAUGGUGAAUAUGCCGCCCGAUUUGAGUGCCGUUUUCAAGCAGAAGUUAUCCAAUGUUACACCGCUGUGCGAGGCCUUUGGGCGCGUCCGCAAGGAGCCUACCUUGAAGGCAAGACCAAUUGCUAGACAGCCAAAGCCAACGGGAAAGCAACCGGGAAGGCAACCGGGAAAGCCACUGGGCAAGCCACUGGGAAAGCCACUGCCAAAGCCACUGGGCAAGCCACCGGGAAAGCCACUGGGAAAGCCUCUGCCGCCACAGGUAAAGCCACAGCCGAAGCCACAGCCAAAGCCAAAGCCACAGCCGAAGGCACAGCCAAAGCCCAAGCCAAACCCAAAGCCACAGCCAAAGCCAAAGCCAAAGCCUAAGCCAAAGCCACAGGUACAGCCACAGCUACAGCCACAGCUACAGCCUCAGCUACAGCCACAGCUACAGCUACAGGAAAUAAAUUUGGAUGAGUUUGUAAUGUCCGAAGCCAUUUCUCUGCCUCUGGAGACCUAUGACCUCUAUCAGUCCUAUGAGACGCUGGCAGCGUUCGGAGAGCCCGACCAAAUGGACCAGCAGCACGAUAUCGUCUUCGACGACUUGAUGGAGCCACUGCUGGACAAUCUCCUGGACGAGUAGACGCAUAACAGCUUCCUCUGCAUACAGAAAUAAAGCCAUGGCCCCAAUUUAUGGCAUAAUUACAAGCCUGGCCAAGUGCACUAGAA